UUUAGCUUAAAUGAUAUUCUGGACUAACAUAGCACUGUGAUGUUGACUACUGAUAAUAUUACUAUAUUUCGCUAAAUAUGCUAUAUAGCUGAUAUAGACAUUCAUCAUUAAUAUAUUUUAAUAAGUGAAGGGUGUGGAAAGCAAUAAUUCCAAUUAAACUCAUUUUAGAACCUUUUGGAUUUCUUCAUUAUGAUAAAAAGUAACAAUAAUAGUAUAAUAAAGGGCAUCACACAAUUUUGAAUAACUUGUUACAGCUGUACAGUGACAUUGAAUAGCACUUUAUUGUGCUUCAGAGUAAUGUUCACUUGUCGAAAUUGCCUGAUUUUGAAUCAAUUAAGCUAUAGCGAUAACUAAAAUAGUAUAUUCUACUAUAUAUAUCAAUGUUUUAUUUGCUUCAGAACAUUUUUUGAACAAAAUUGUAUGCAAGAUGUCACUCAUAUAGAGUGAGUAGAAAAACUGUUUAAUACACUUUGAAUGAAAUAGUAUGCAUGGUUUGGAACAGCAGUAACAUCAACAAAGUCUAGUCUAAUGCAUUAUUCUUUUAAGGAUAUCUUUGAAUAUAACAGAUUCUAUUGUAUUUAUUAUUAUAUGUAUAUUUUUAAAAUUGAAUGUGUCCUGGGAUAUCUUUAAACAAAUUAAAAUUUUCUUUUUUACAGAAAUUUGCCCAGUUAUAUAUAUCACUUUUUGCUAUACAAUAAACUGCAAUGAAAUUAUAAAUGGCCAAUAUGAACUUGUUGGAUGUAGUCUAUAGUAAAUUUAAUUUGUCAUUAAUAGAUUUACAAAAAUAAUAAAACGGAUGACCUCGUUAAAACAUCCAUACUAUAGUAAUUGUAUAAUGUUUAUCGUUGGGCCACAUUAUUUUAUCCCCAAAUACCUCCCAACAAUUCUUGAUACUCAUUUAUUGAUUUUUGCCUUUUUUGAUAGAAAUUAGAAUACAUAAAAAAUCGAUAAGCACAAAAUUUCUAAUGAAGAUUCCCCGAUUAAAUGUCAUAAGAAGUGGGGGUGACAGCCUUACUCAACAUCCGCCUUUGUUUUCAUUGGAUUCAAGAUUUUUAUUUUGUGCUUGUGCAUCAGAAAUCAAAGUUUUUUCAGCAGAAACUGGCGAGAACACGCAAAGAUUGAUUGGUCAUGAUGAUGAAGUAACUGGAAUUUGCCAUCAUCCAAAAAUUAGCCUUCAAAUUCUGUCCAGUUCUCUGGAUCGAACAAUUAGGAUAUGGGAUUAUGAAGAUGGUGUAUUACUAAGAACAUGUAGAGCAGAAUUACCAUUGUUUGGAAUUUAUUCCCACGAAAAUAUUCAAGACGUGCUUGUUGUUACAAAGAAAAAUGAUAAUUCAGUUAUAUCUAAAGUGUCACUUGAAGCAAUAAAUGCCAAUAAGUCAGAGGAAAGUCUUGAAAUGGUUAUUCUGGCCACAAAUGUCAGUUUAAAGGUCUCCAGGACAGUUGCAUUCUUGUCUCCUGGUAAUAUUAUCGUAUUUUGUAGAAAGAAAAAACUUUGUGUCCUUGAUAUCAACAACCCAAAUGGUGCAAUUCUUGAGCAUGGUGACCAGAAAGGUGGAGAAAUAACAUGCAUUGCUUGUCAUCCAACAGACAAUGCUUGUGUCACUGGCCAAUCUAGUGGAAUUAUCAAAUUCUGGCACAAUUUGCAUCAAUGGAAUAAAAAAUCUACUAACAAGAAGCAUACCAAAUCUGGUUUGGUAGUUUCAUCCCAACAUUGGCAUAGCAAGGAAGUCCAAGAUGUUUAUUUUACUCCAGGUGGUGCUAGUUUAUUAUCAGUUGGGAAGGAAAGUGUCUUGGUACAAUGGAUAUAUCAAGGAUAUGGUAGUAAAAAAGAUUUCUUCCCCAGACUGGGUACACCUGCUCGACAUAUUGCUGUCUCAAGAAAUGGAGCACUGUUUGCCACAACUCAUAUUGACAACUCAUUACUGCUUAUAACAAAUUAUUUCUCCAUAAAACAUUCAUUAGAAGGUUUUACUGCUGUUAUGGAAUCCAAAAAUACCACUCAUCGAUUUCUGGAAUAUGACUGGAAGACGAACUCUUGUGUUACCAAUGGCAAGCCUGGUCAUUUGCUGUUCUAUCAUCCAUACUCCGAUACCCAACUUUAUAACUUAGACAUUGUCCAUCAAAAUUAUAUUGCUUCUGAGAUGGGAUCACAUAUACCACAGACUACUAUUACUAAUGUUGCGUUUACGUGUCAAAAAAUUAUAAAAGGUUUUGAGAAAAAUGAUCCCAGUGCGCUUACUUGGAUGGCCACAAUAGAAGACAUACCAAAUGUCACAUAUUCUAGAGAACAAAAAUUGAAGUUUUGGGUGUUUGAUGAAAUUGAACAAUGGUGGAAACUGAAUACAGUUGUAAACGAUCCCCAUAAAUCCACAGUAACAAAAAUUACAUUUCGUCCACAUUCAGAUGCUGGUGAAAUCCACCCAGCACUUCUGACAACCAGCAUAGAUGGAAUGGCUAAAAUAUGGACAGUGAAACAUGGUUCUAGUGAUGAACAAUUCUUUUGGUGUUGUGUUACUGCUGCUUCUUAUAGGAAUCAACCUCUGUAUGAUGGUGCAUUUUCACAAGAUGGCUCUCUUUGUGCAACAGCUUUUGGCAGUAAAGUUUGCCUCAGUGAUCCUGAUCUAUUACAAGAAUUGACUAUCUUGUUGUCAUUUGGUAAAGGUGAAAAUAUCAAGCACCUAAAUUUUGGAAGUCAUUCCUCUCAACAUAUUUUAAUGGUGGUCUUGCAUGAUGCCAUGCAUGCUUGCGAUUUAUUAAGUGGAGGAAUCUUAUGGUCUGUGAACAUACAGGUAAAGCACCUCAUCAAUGAUCAUUUGUCCAGUUUUAUAGCUGCUCUCACGGACUCAAAUGACCUAUUUGUAUUUCAACCAACAAGUCCAUUGCCAAUAUAUAGACAUAAAAAUUUGUGUAAAAACCAAAUUGUUAGUGCAUCUUAUGUACCAAGUGGGAAUGAAACGAGAAAAUCUUGGCUACAAAGCAGUGAAAAUAUAUCUUGGAUGCAAAACUCUCGGAUAUUCCUUGUUGAUGAUAAAAUGUCAGUUUUUACAUUUUGCACAGACAAAGAGGUGGAAGACAAAAAAAGGUUGUCAUCAGUUUCAAAUAUUUUUAACAUUGACAAUGAAAGUUUAAAAACUCCUUUGGCAUCUGUGCUGAAAGUAUCGAAAACAAAGAAGGAAUCUUUUUCAGAAGAUAUGGAUAUAGAAUCUAACCUUAUUUCGGACUUGCAUCUGACUGCAUUGAAGAAUAUCUUGGAUUUGCCUAGUCAUGUUGCGCCGUCUACAUCAAGUUAUGCAAAAACUUUCCUUCUAUCAUUUCUCCCUAAAAAGGUCUUGUCUGAGAAGAAAGCUUCUGCAAUGGGAAAAGAAAUUGAAUCAGAAAAACAUGGGGCGAGUUUUGAACUCCAUGAAGCACCCCUAAAAGAUUUCAAUGAUUUAUCCAUCUUGGAUCGCUUGAAUGAACAUACAUUUAUGUGGUCUGAAAAUUUAUUUAACAAGUAAAUUUCACCCUAUUUUAAAACAGCCUUUAAAUACAAUCAUGGGUAAUUA